ACGAGUACGAUAGGCCUCGGCCUGUCGUGCACUUUACACCAAUCAGGGCUGUAAUCCGUCCGCUCAGCUGCCGCUCAGGUGUGAGGCCGUGAAACUACAAUUCCCAUGAAGCGCCUGGACUCACAACAAACGUGCUCGAUGCCAAACAUUCCAUUGAACGAAGCCGGCAUCUUAAUUCUCGCUGCGAUAUGAGGUUUUGUUUCUUCUAGCCAGCUAUGGCACCAGGGGAUGUGGUGCCAGACCAUGCGAAGCAGCUGAAGUCCAAGGAGAAGCGGCCUGGAAACAGGGCAUCGAAAGCAGACUGUGAGCCUGAUGGGUCCUUUGUCUUCGAAGCUCAUGAGGCUUGGAAGGACUUCCAUAACUCCCUCAGGCACUUUUACGAAGUGGGAGAGCUUUGUGACGUCACGCUGAAGGUUGGCAGUAGGUUGAUACCAUGUCACAAGCUCGUGCUGGCUUGUGUCAUCCCUUACUUCAGGGCGAUGUUCCUGUCAGAGAUGUCGGAGGCCAAGCAGGAACUGAUAGAGAUCAAGGACUUUGAUGGUGAUGCCAUCCAGGACCUGGUGCAUUUUGCCUACUCCUCCAAGCUCACAUUAACUGUCGACAAUGUCCAGCCACUGCUUUAUGCUGCCUGCAUCCUUCAGGUGGAGCUGGUGGCAAGAGCCUGCUGCGAGUACAUGAAGGCCCACUUUCACCCCACCAACUGCCUGGCAGUUCGUACUUUCGCCGAGAGCCACAAUCGCGUGGACCUGAUGGACAUGGCUGACCGCUAUGCCUGCGAGCACUUCACUGAGGUAGUGGAGUGCGAGGACUUCACAUGCGUGUCUCCUCAGCACCUGCGCACAUUAUUGUCCUCCAGUGAGCUGAAUAUCCACUCAGAGACGCAGGUGUACAAUGCAGCAGUGAAGUGGCUGAAAUCAAACCCACAGCACCACGAGGCCUGGCUGGACCAGAUCAUGUCUCAGGUGCGCCUCCCCCUGCUCCCUGUAGAGUUCCUGACUGGAACAGUGGCUAAGGACGAGAUGAUCAAAGGUAACUUGAGUUGUCGUGACCUGAUGGACGAAGCCAGGAACUACCACCUCCACCUCAGCAACAAGGUGGUGCCUGACUUUGAGUAUUCAAUCCGUACCAUACCCCGGAAACACACUGCAGGGGUUUUGUUCUGUGUGGGCGGCCGGGGGGGCUCCGGCGACCCAUUUCGCAGCAUCGAGUGCUACUCCAUCACUAAGAACAGCUGGUUUUUCGGCCCUGAAAUGAACAGCAGACGGCGUCACGUGGGUGUAAUAUCUGUGGGAGGCAAGGUUUAUGCUGUCGGGGGCCAUGAUGGUAAUGAGCACUUAGGCAACAUGGAGAUGUUUGACCCCCUCACUAACAAAUGGAUGAUGAAAGCUUCGAUGAACACCAAAAGGAGGGGCAUAGCUCUGGCAGCUCUCGGUGGUCCUAUCUAUGCUAUUGGAGGUCUGGACGACAACUCCUGCUUCAACGACGUGGAACGUUACGACAUCGAAAGUGACUGCUGGAGCGCCGUGGCUCCGAUGAACACACCCAGGGGAGGAGUGGGAUCUGUGGCGUUGGGGAGCUUCGUGUAUGCAGUGGGAGGUAACGAUGGGGUGGCGUCACUGUCCAGUGUGGAGCGGUUUAACCCUCACCUCAACAAAUGGACAGAGGUCAGCGAGAUGGGCCAGCGACGGGCUGGAAAUGGAGUCAGCAAACUGAAUGGCUGCCUCUAUGUAGUGGGUGGUUUUGAUGACAACUCCCCCCUGAGCUCUGUAGAGCGAUUUGACCCACGAAUGCACCGCUGGCAGUAUGUGUCUGAACUGACCACCCCACGUGGUGGAGUCGGGGUUGCUACUGUAAUGGGAAGAGUGUUUGCAGUCGGGGGCCACAACGGGAACAUCUACCUGAACACAGUGGAGGCUUUUGAGCCUCGAAUGAACAGAUGGGAGCUGGUGGGUUCAGUGUCUCACUGCCGUGCCGGGGCCGGAGUGGCCGUCUGUUCGUCUCACGUCAGCCAAAUCAGGGACGUGGGCCAGGGCUCCAGCAACGUGGUCAACUGCAUGUGACCGCCACUCCAGUUAUCACGAGGUGACUGACUGCCAGCUCACGAUCAGAUCGGAUCGUUGUACAAGCACACAGCACGAAGCACAGAGACAGUGACAGAGUGAUUUCGCCCAGCAACGUUAUUUCCUUCAACGCUGUCUGAACAUCAGCCUCAAACGGAUUAAGGCUGAUGUUCAGUCUGCACUCAGUGACUGAGGAAUACUAGUGUGAUUUUACUGACUUGAAGUGCACAUUUGACAAAUCAGUCUUCUCUGGAGGAAAAAAAAAACAUUCAAGACAUUAUUCUUGACUCGUGGUGGUGUUAUUUGCAAUCAGUCGUAGUAUUUUGUACUGUAUUUUCUUUUGUUUGACUGCCUUGACAUAGUUUAGACUUUUUUUUUUUUUUAAAGGGAAAAUAGAAGCUGAGCCCUGUAUUUAAUCCUAAUCUCUUGAGAAUGAGAGGUGAUUUUUGGAUUCAGAACUACUAGGUUGCUUAACUGUGCACAUAACGAACAUGGGCUAUGUAGUCGGCCAGUAUGAAAGCGUUUCAGAUGUCUCUUGUUUAAGACAGUCUCCGGAUUACUCUUUGGCCCUGCAGGUUUUUUUUUUCAUUGUACGGAGAGAUGUGACAAAUCAGUGAUGAUAAAAAAAAAAAAAUACUGGAUUAAACACCUAGUUUGCAGUGCAGCAUAUGAAAUUUAAACUAACAUUUUCAUCAGUCAAUGUCAAGUAGGUAAACAAGUAGUUAAGAUGUCAAAUACAUUUUCAAGAUUCCUGUGAUCUCUUCCCAAGGUAAGGGGAAAGCAUCCAUUAUGGCAGUCUGACUUACUGUUCCUAUCAGUCCCAGCUGAUUCCUAUCAGUCCCAGCUGCAGUAAACUGGAUCAUAGCCGACCCGUUCUUGCUGGGAUUUGCAUUUAAUUGUGUUUGAACAAUCAUUUAAGGCUGUUUGGGACAAAUCAGUCACUGGUCAGGAGGUGACAGUUCCGGGGAAUUUAACUGAUGCAAGUGCCAAAAACAAAAAAGUGCGCCAGCUGCCUUUUCCUUGACCUCAGAACUAAAAGAGUUUUGACAACUACAUACCCGAGAGUCAAGGACUGAUCAGAGCAAUACGGUGCACGUCUCCGGUUCUUUUUCAGUUUGCAUUAUUGUACAGAGAUCUGCUCAAACUGACAGGUGCAGAUUUUCAAAUUCAAGGUCUGCGUUUGACGAUAGCUGGACUGUCAGUAAUCCUAGUCAGUGUUUUCAGACGUGUAUGCGAUUCAGCUGAGGUUUGUCUCUGCAGAUGGUUCAGUUUAUAUUUUAAUAUAUGGACAUUUUUGUAUUAUAAAAUAGGUGUAUCUUUGGUAUUAUUCUUUGCUAUAAUAUCUAAUUCAUUGCUGUGCACUAUUUUCCUAGAAUAGAUAUGAAAUCUGAGUAUAUUUUUGUCCUUAAUGGAGAAUUUCAUGUUAUUCGUGUUAUGAGUUUUAAGAUGUUUAUUUAACACUCAUGCCUAUAUGUGCCAUAUCUAAGAAAAAUGUAAUAAAUUUCUGGCAACAGUUUUGUUUUUCAGAAUAGGCUGAGAGAGUGAUGACUUUAAAAACAGAUAUGCUAUAUAUGCUUCAUACUAGAAGUAUACAUAUUACUGCACUAGAGUUUGUGUCUUACUAUUAUUAAUACUAUCAAUCAUUUUUACUCCAAAACUGAAGUUGUUGCCAACUUUGUUUGCAAAUGAGCCAGAUGCCCAGUCUUUUGUAAACGUUACUGUACUUUGUGUUGUUCUUCCUCCUCUUGACUGCUUCCUUUUUGUGCUUUUUAUUCACAUGAUACUGGUAUAAAUUGCUACAAUAAAGUUAUGUGCAAAGUUCA